AGUGAACUCUCGCCUCCUCUCCCUUGCGCAUCACCAUCAUGGUUGUCGGUCCGUCUCCGUUCCUCUCGCCGCUCCAGGUCCAGGCCGCCGCCCGCGAGUACCCGCCUGUGCCCAGCGUCUGCGUCGUCACGGGCGGCACGGGCUUUGUCGGCCAGCGCGUCGUCGAGAUGCUCGUUGAGCGUGGCGCGACCAAGGUCAUCUCGUUCGACAUCGUGCCCAAGCCGGCGAGCGGCUUCUGGGAGCACCCGAGCAUCGAGUACGUCGUCGGCGACAUUGCGGACAAGGACGCAGUCAUGGCGGUCUGCGAGGGCGCCGACUGCGUGUGGCACUUGGCGGCGGCCGUCGGCCCGUUCCACCCGACCGAGCUCUACUACCGCGUUAACUACCAGGGCACGCUCAACGUCAUCGAGGCGUGCAAGGCGCACAAGGUGCCCAAGAUCGUCAUGUCGUCGUCGCCGUCGACGCGCUUUGACGGCUCGGACAUUGACGGGCUCACGGAAGACGAGAUGCCGACGUUGCCGCAGGCGUCGUACCUCCAGGACUACGCCGCCACGAAAGCCAUGGGCGAGAUCGAGAUGCUCAAGGCCAACUGCGACGAGCUGCUCACGGUCGCGAUCGCGCCGCAUCAAGUCUACGGCCCGCGCGACAACCUCUUCAUGCCCAACAUCCUCGAAGCCGGCGGCAACGGGUCGCUCCGCAUCUUCUCGUCGGGCCGCACCGGCUACGGCUUUAACAAGGUGUGCUUCACGCACGUCGACAACUACGCCCACGGCCUCAUCAUUGGUGAGCGCGCGCUCGUGCCGGGCGGAAAGGCCGCCGGCAAGUUUUACAUCGUCACGGACGGCGCGACGCACCCGAGCCCCGCCGGGUACGCGUACUUUUGGAAGGUCGUCGACGAAUCCAUCAUCGCGAUGGGCUUCCCGAGUCUCUGGGAGAAGUUCAAGCUGCCGUCGUGGGUUCUCUGGCCCGUCGCGUAUGCGUCUAGCGCCAUUUCGUACGUCACGGGCCGCAGCAUCAAGCUCAACCCGUUCACGGUGCGCGUGCUCACGAUGCACCGGUGGUUCGACAUCGCGGCGGCGACAAGCGACCUCGCGUUCGAGCCCAUCGUGCCCUUUGACGAGGCGUGGAAGGACAUGAACGCGUGGUUCCUUGCCAACUGGCUGCCCAAGUUCCAAAAGACGCAUGGCAUGGCCGGCAUCUCUGCGCAGUCGCAAGCCAAGAUUGACGUCCAAGCAACGACGAUCGCGUCGUAGACGCUCGAUUUUCUACAACCACGCACACUACGACGACAAAUAUGCUGAGAAUGAAAAUCAUUUAGUGACGAGAUUUGAGGCCGGC